CCUACACUGCUACACCCCAACACGAUGUGGAUCCCGAACGAAAGCAGCGGCAGCACUAUCUGCGUUCUGAUGCCUCUGGCGAUUUUGGCGACCUGGCAGCUGUGCGCGGUUCCCGGGACGGAUGCCAAGCACUUGGCCGCCAGAUCGCACGACCCCGAAACGGAAGCCCCAUCCCAGAUCCACGCACAUAGUCACCCAACUGGCGACGCUGCGGCUGCAGUGCGUCGUCGCGAGCGGCGGCAGCUCUCCGAUUGGCUAAUCGCCCCCAACACGCGGUGGUGCGGACGCGGCAACCUGGCCAACGGCACCUACAACGACCUGGGCGGCGCCUCCAAGGCGGACAAGUGCUGCCGGAAGCACGACCACUGCAAGAUGUGGAUCGACGGGAUGUCGAAUCGCUACGACCUCUUCAACUACCGCCCCUACACGCUGUCCCACUGCAGCUGUGACCUCCGUUUCCGCACCUGCCUGAAGAUGGCCGGCGACGAGGAUGCGAACGCCAUCGGCAAGCUCUUCUUCAAUGUCGUCCAGACGCAGUGCUUCGGCCUCAAGGCGGAGACCGUCUGCGUCCAGCGCGGCGGCUCCGGCAAGGAGUCCGAUCCCUGCCUCAAGGAGGAGACGCGCCAAAAGGCCUUCCUGCGCAACAACAAGCGGUUCUAAGAGUCCCAGUUGGCACAUAACAAGCGGCAGGAUUGGAGUAUCCCAAAGUCGCCUGCCCGUAUAAGAAGCGAACAAACCGCCCCAGAGUGCUGCAAUUGAGUUUGAAACUCGAUGGGAGAGCAUGGCAAAACACCAUCGUCAUCCGUACUUAGAGGAGAGAUAGCAAGAGACACCCGUCUAUGUAUUAAGCUAUAUACCAACAUAUGUAUAUGACUCGCAAGUGCUAUUAUAAUGCGUAGUAGUCGAUACGAUAUACUAUAUAUACUAUAUACUAGUUGUAGUCAAUCAAUCUAGUUUAGGCCCACGGAUCAAAUAUAGGCUGCCAGAAAACCAAGUUUUUAACUAGCUGUAGACCCCGUAGAUACCCUAUAUAAUUAGUUGUAGUAAGACCAGUAGUAAGUUAAUAAACAAGUGUAAAAAACCCUAAAAA